GUGAUCAGCUGAUCGAAGGGAAAGCUCGGUAGGAUGAGGAUAUAUCUUUUCCUCGUUUUUAUCUUCUUUAUCGUCUUAUCUCUCUUCCUUGUUCCUUCUAGAAGCGAAACAUGCGAAAAGGGAGAUAGCAGAAGUCAAAGGUACUUACUCUACGACGUGAAUCCCGGAGAAGGAUUUAACCUGCGCAGAGAUGUCUUUGUUCGCAUUGCAAACUUGGCGCGCAGGCUGAGUGAGAUGGACAAUUGGAUUCUGGUGCUGCCUCCAUGGGGAAGGCUCUACCACUGGAAGCACACGCAUCGAGGGGAGUAUUUCCCCUGGCACAGUUUCUUCGACGUAAAAAGCCUCAGUAAAUGGACUCCUGUCAUUGAAUUUGAGGACUAUUUGAAAGCUGAAGGCCCAAAGAUACAAGAGGUGUACAUGCUACAACACUAUGUAGAAGGAUGGACCGGAGAGUGGGUGGUGAAGUACGACAGACGACCCUGCUUAGAACAACAUAAUUAUGGUGAGGAUAGUGAUGGUUCAUGGCAUGGGACAGCAUGGGGAACAAAUGUCAGAGUUGGGAAUUUUACGUGUCUGUCUAUUCAAGGUGAAGCUUCAACACUCAUACCACUUAUCACACAGAAGGAAGAAAUACGGACUGUCCUCAUAACAAGGGCAGAGACAGUUUUGCAUGAUGAAUACGGAGGAAAAAGAUAUUGGGCUGCAAGGAGGAGCAUGCGGUUUGCCAAGCACUUGCUGUCAGAAGCUGCUAGGUUUAGGGCUGAAUACCUCCAUUCUGAUGACAUCAAUGAUAAGACUGUGGUGACUGAUGACUGGAGGGACUUUAAGCCCAAGCGUGGAACAGCAGUGGGAGGUCCAUACCUUUCAGUCCACCUACGCAGACGGGACUUCAUAUAUGCAAGAGGAGAUGAAAUCCCUAGCCUUAAAAAAGCGGCAAAGCAGAUGAAAGAAUUACUGGAAGCAAAGGAACUACAAGAUGUUUAUAUUGCAACAGAUGCACCACUUGAAGAGUACGUGCAGCUGGAAGAACUCAUGAAACCGUAUAAAGUACACCGGUAUGACCCCAGUCCAGAGUUCUUUGAUCAGUGGGGUGACGGCGGAGUAGCCAUUGUCGACCAGAUAAUUUGUGCUCAUGCAAGGCAUUUCACCGGCUCAUACGAAUCUACAUUCUCCUUCCGCAUACAGGAAGAGAGGGAGAUCAUGGGCUUCCCUGUGGAGACAACCUUCAAUCGAUUAUGCGGAAAGAAAGCAAAGUGUGAACAGCCAGCGAAAUGGAAAAUUGUAUACUGAAUGUUUUUAUAUUUUCAACACUUUUAUGUAUAUCACAGUUGUCCUUUGGUUGUAUGAACCCUGUUUGUUCGUCUGUUUUUUCCAUCUUUUGUAUUAACUUACAUUCUAAAUAUUUACCAAAGAAAUUAUGUAUUCAUCAGUGUCUCAAAAAGUGUCACAAAUAUCUCUGUUCAUAUUUAGUGUAAUUCAAACGAUCAGUUUGCUUGUGUGAACUGAAAAAGGAAAUGAUAGGACUAUUUAUAAACUCAGGUUUUAAACUAGAUGCAAAGUAUAUUAGAGUAUUAGUAGCUAUUUCAUUUAACUGAUCUGAAAUAUAAAGAACCUUUCAUUUAGAUAUGGAUGAUGUUUAAGGAUGAAAUUUAAUAAAAUGUGCAUGUUAAGUAAUGACAAAAUAAUCAGUUAGUUGGCUAUUGUACACAGGUUAAGUAUAUGGAAAGUAUUCAUAAAGGAUAUUACAACAGACUGAGCAUCCUUAAUCUGAAAAUCUGGAAUACAAAAUGCUUCAAACUUUGAAACCUUUUGAGUUAAGAUAGUCACAAUUUCCCAUGAAAUCAAAUACAAAUUUAUGAAAGAUAAUAAAAAUCAAUACAUUUUAAAAUCUGGUUGUGAUUUUCAGUAUUUAAUCUACAGUUUUGGCAUUGCUAGUUCUUUAAUCAAGCCUAACAAAAAUUCUUUAUCCUGUAUUUUGAUUGUACAUGUAUUGACUUACUUCUGAAAACACUAAAUCAUGAAAUGCAAAUCCUUGCACAUUAAGUAUGCCAAGUUGAUAUUCUGUGUGAAAUGCUUUUCUAUCCAUUUAAGAUUUGUAAAGACAUCAUACAAGUACUUAAUCAUGUUUUUAUUUGUAUUUAAUUUUUACUUUCUCACAGUAUGAUAAUAAGUGACAGUAUUCUACAUUGCAAGAAUGCAACAAAGGAAAGAAGUAUUAGUGUUAGUAUGUCUUUAAGAAUAGGGUGCAAUGUUAUCCAGAAAAUAUUUUCAUCAGUUGUGAUACAGAUUAUAAAAAAUAACAAUAAAACAUUUGUUACACUGGUAGCCUACUGAUGAGUAUAUUUUGCUGGUUAUCAUAUUGAUUUCUAGUGUGCCAUAUUGUGUUUUAUAUGUGUAAAGUUGGAAAGGUUAGCAUUAGAUAUUCUUUUGUGAAGACCUCUAUAUAUUUGUACAAUAAACUUUUUUUAUCAACCAA